AGGAGCUGCACCUACCAUCUUCUGAUGCGUGGUCAGACACGUUAUCCAUUGCGCCACUGGCCUACCACGCAACUCCUUCACUGGCCGUUGGAUUACUGCGUGUUGAGAACAUACUCGGCAACCACUUUAAAGGACAACGCAGGCUGGUAAAGGAAAAGUACGACAAGGGGGGGCGGUGCAAUCGCAGGGUCUUGGCACCGCGGACCCCAGAGACCUGGGUUGAGGGCCUUUCCCGGGUCAGUCAGGCUAGCGAGCCAGAGCGCGCUGUCUUUCUGCGCACGCGCACAGCACACAGGCCCGUUCUGGGGCUCCGCGCUCCUCGGAUGACGCAUGCUCAGUGCAAUCUUCGGCUGCCUGGACUGGCGCUCCGGUUUUUCUGUGCUGAACCACAGGGGACGCCGACACAUGCACACGUCCCUUCGAUAGCUCAGCUGGUAGAGCGGAGGACUGUAGCUACUUCCUCAGCAGGAGACAUCCUUAGGUCGCUGGUUCGAUUCCGGCUCGAAGGAGACAAGUGCGGUUUUUUUUCCAGCUCCCGAUGACUUAUGGCCCUUUCCUUGGCUGCCUUCAAUGACACAUUGCACUCCAACGAGCAGUUGGAAAGUCUAGCGCCUUCUCCCCAUUUUGGGCCUCCCAGCCUGCACGGGACUCAUCUGAGGCUAAACUGCCCAUAGUUCGGGGAGACCCACAGGGAAAACAAAACAAGAAACAGAGAACUUGCAAACGGACGCUCAUUACUUGGAACGUUUGCGCAACCGAGGAAGCAGGAACUGUUCGGCCCCAUCUCAAGUCCGCACCGCGGGCUGCCUGGCUCUGGGCAGAUCCGAGGUGGAUAGGACAAGGCAAAAGGUAGCCCUGGAGAGGAUCCAUCCUCCUGUCACUGGCUUAUAUGGACACGUCAGCCCACCGUCACGUGACUGCAGGCUGCUAAAAACAGCUCCGGCACCCACUCCAAACCAGGGCCUGAAACAAUGUCCUCCACCGAAAGAAACGUAAAGGACACUUGAUCACACAAUCCCUGGAAUAGUAUCCAGGAAACACUUGCUGGAGCCACUCGCAGCACCCUUCCCUGGCAGCACACUUGGGGACAGCGAGGAGAUGAGCGCAUCUCUGAAUUACAGAUCUUUUUCCAAAGAGCAGCAGACCAUGGAUAACUUAGAGAAGCAACUCAUCUGUCCCAUCUGCUUAGAGAUGUUCACGAAACCUGUGGUCAUUCUCCCUUGUCAGCACAACCUGUGUAGGAAGUGUGCCAGUGAUAUUUUCCAGGCCUCUAACCCGUAUUUGCCCACAAGAGGAGGCACCACCAUGGCAUCAGGGGGCCGAUUCCGCUGCCCAUCCUGUAGACAUGAAGUGGUUUUGGAUAGACAUGGGGUAUAUGGACUUCAGAGGAACCUGCUGGUGGAAAAUAUCAUUGACAUCUACAAGCAGGAGUCCACCAGGCCAGAAAAGAAGUCGGACCAGCCCAUGUGCGAGGAGCAUGAAGAGGAGCGCAUCAACAUCUACUGUCUGAACUGCGAAGUACCCACCUGCUCUCUGUGCAAGGUGUUUGGUGCACACAAGGACUGCCAGGUGGCUCCCCUCACUCAUGUGUUCCAGAGACAGAAGUCUGAGCUCAGUGAUGGCAUCGCCAUCCUCGUGGGCAGCAACGAUCGAGUCCAGGGAGUGAUCAGCCAGCUGGAAGACACCUGCAAAACUAUCGAGGAAUGUUGCAGAAAACAGAAACAGGAGCUUUGUGAGAAGUUUGAUUACCUGUACGGCAUUUUGGAGGAGAGGAAGAAUGAAAUGACCCAAGUCAUUACCCGAACCCAAGAGGAGAAACUGGAACAUGUCCGUGCUCUGAUCAAAAAGUAUUCUGAUCAUUUGGAGAACGUCUCAAAGUUGGUUGAGUCAGGAAUUCAGUUUAUGGAUGAGCCAGAAAUGGCAGUGUUUCUGCAGAAUGCCAAAACCCUGCUACAAAAAAUCUCGGAAGCAUCAAAGGCAUUUCAGAUGGAGAAAAUAGAACAUGGCUAUGAGAACAUGAACCACUUCACAGUCAACCUCAAUAGGGAAGAAAAGAUAAUACGUGAAAUUGAUUUUUACAGAGAAGAUGAAGAUGAAGAAGAAGAAGGCAGAGAAGGAGAAAGAGAAGGAGAAGUGGGAGGAGAAGCAGUAGAAGUGGAAGAGGUAGAAAAUGUUCAAACAGAGUUUCCAGGAGAAGAUGAAAGCCCAGAAAAAGCUUCAGAGCUCUCUCAGGUGGAGCUGCAGGCUGCCCCUGGGGCACUUCCAGUUUCCUCUCCAGAGCCACCUCUAGCCCUGCCACCUGCUGCAGAUGCCCCUGUGACACAGGGGGAGGUUGUACCCACUGGCUCUGAACAGACCACAGGGUCUGAAACUCCAGUCCCUGCAGCAGCGGAAACUGCGGAUCCCUUGUUUUACCCUAGUUGGUAUAAAGGCCAAACCCGGAAAGCCACCACCAACCCACCUUGCACCCCAGGGAGCAAAGGUCUGGGGCAAAUAGGGCCUCCAGGUUCUGAGGAUUCGAAUGUACAGAAGGCAGAAGUGGCAGCAGCCGCAACGAGUGAGAGGGCAGCUGUGAGUGGUAAGGAAACUAGUGCACCUGCAGCUACUUCUCAGGAGUUAGUAAUCUGCCUAGCGCUUUUGGCUUUUCUUAUACUUCACUACAUCUGGAGUCAGAUUCAGUGCUUGAUUUUUACUUUAAUGGAUUGGAUUUGAGGCUCCUCCCCUCCAGGGACAGGCCGCAGCUCCAGCGAGUGGCAGUGGAGCUGAUUCUGAGCCAGCUCGCCAUAUCUUCUCCUUUUCCUGGUUGAACUCCCUAAAUGAAUGAUAUUCAUUCCAACUGCUGCCCUCUGUCUGCCUGGCUGAGAUGCAUGUGGGCAGCAGGAAGCCCAAGUGAAAUUAAUAUUAUGCAGAUGAUGAAAGGGACCUCUGAACAGGAUUUCUGCAAAAAUAACCCAAAACUGUAAUUCCAGAUGACUUAUCUAACAUCUUGGGAGGAAAGAAUAUUGUGAGAAAAUAGUUGCAGAAAGCACUGGAAAUAAUAAACUUUAUCUUACACAAAUCUUUUAUUGUGUGGAAAACAUUGUGAAGGGUGUGUAUGUGUGGUACAUGUGUAUGUGAGUAACAAGUGGCAAAUGGUGAAAAAAGUGGUCACUAUGCUCUUGUCUCUCAUAGGCGCUUUUUGUUAUUAUAUUAUAGUAGCUCUCAUUUCCUUUACUCUUUAACAGUGCAGGUGGUCAGUGAAAAUCAGUGUCAACUCAGAAGUGACUGAUUUAUCAAUACAUGGACAAAAAGUAAAUCAUUGACCAAAGCUAUGAAAUGUUUCACAAAGUUUUCCUCUUUUGCAUAACAGAUGUCACUGGAUGUACAUUCAGAAAUGUUCUUUGAAUUUGGUGACACUUUCAUGGUCCAGAAAGCUGAAGGCCUGGGCAUCUCUUGUGACAUUUUUCUAAUAUUAGUUUUAGAUUUUCACAUAUUAGGCACUUUAGUUGAAUCUUCCAGCAAAAGCUGUCUACUUUCUCUUGUAUUCACUGUGGCACCAAUCUGGUAAACUGUAGAACAAUUGCAUGUAUUUAAAUAUAUAUACAAACAUAUCACACAUUAAAUAUAUAUAUUUAAAUCAUGCUUUGUUAAUAUUUGUCCCACCAUAAUGCCUCCUUCAGAACAUAAGUGUAACUUUAUAUGAACUCUUAAAUAAAUGAUGUUUUUAAAA